GGGCUCUGAGGGACGGGGACGGCACUAGAGCCCAGCUCUUGGGACAGGCUGCGACAGCGCGCACGGAAGUGCUCUUGGCUUUCUCCAGUCGGAGAACGACUCUUCCCCCCCAACUUCCUCCUGGGGCUGGGCUGCUCGGCCUCCCGGGCCGGCUCCUCCUCCUCCCCUGCCUCCUCCCACUGCCCGCCGCAGCUCCCAGGCCGGAGGUACGGCGCUCACCCGGGCAGUCCCCAGCACAGGACUCGGCGUAGAGUCCAGCGCGGGGGCGGCGAGGGGCCGCCCGCGCUGCCGUCCCCGCCCCGCGCACCCUGCGCCCCACUUCCAGGGCGGCCGCUUGGAACUCAGCCCUCCUGCCUCUCCCAGCGCUGUCCCAGGCUAGCUGGGAAGCGAGCGGCCGACAAGUUUGGGCGCGCGCAGGCGGCGGGCCGCUGGCACCGUGCGCCCCGGGAGGGGCGGCCGCCGCUCGGGGCUCGGCGUCCCGGGCGCACUUCGGCUAUGGCUUCUCCAGUGCGGCGGCGGCUGCCCCUUCGCCCCCGCCGCCUCCUGCUGCUUCUCUCCGGACUCCUGGUGCCUCUCUGCGGCGCCUUCAACCUAGAUGUGGACAGUCCUGCCGAAUACUCUGGCCCCGAGGGAAGUUACUUCGGCUUCGCAGUGGAUUUCUUCGUGCCCAGCGCGUCUAAGAUGUUUCUUCUGGUGGGAGCUCCCAAAGCAAACACUACCCAACCUGGGAUUGUAGAAGGAGGGCAAGUCCUCAAAUGUGACUGGUCUUCUAGCCGCCGGUGCCAACCAAUUGAAUUUGAUGCAACAGGCAAUAGAGAUUAUGCCAAGGAUGAUCCAUUGGAGUUUAAGUCCCACCAGUGGUUUGGAGCAUCUGUGAGGUCAAAACAGGAUAAAAUUUUGGCCUGUGCUCCCUUGUACCACUGGAGGACUGAGCUGAAACAGGAGAGAGAGCCAGUUGGAACUUGCUUCCUUCAAGAUGGAACAAAGACUGUUGAGUAUGCUCCAUGCAGGUCAAAAAAUAUUGAUGCUGAUGGACAGGGAUUUUGUCAAGGAGGAUUCAGCAUUGAUUUUACUAAAGCUGACAGAGUUCUUCUUGGUGGUCCUGGUAGUUUUUAUUGGCAAGGUCAGCUCAUCUCAGAUCAAGUUGCAGAAAUCGUAUCUAAAUAUGACCCCAAUGUUUAUAGCAUUAAGUAUAAUAAUCAAUUAGCUACUCGAACUGCACAAGCAAUUUUUGAUGACAGUUAUUUGGGUUACUCAGUGGCUGUCGGAGAUUUCAAUGGUGAUGGCAUAGAUGACUUUGUUUCGGGAGUUCCAAGAGCAGCAAGGACUCUGGGCAUGGUGUAUAUUUAUGAUGGGAAAAACAUGUCCUCCUUGCACAAUUUUACUGGUGAGCAGAUGGCUGCAUAUUUUGGAUUUUCUGUAGCUGCCACUGACAUUAAUGGGGAUGAUUACGCAGAUGUGUUUAUUGGAGCACCACUUUUCAUGGAUCGGGGCUCUGAUGGCAAACUUCAAGAGGUGGGGCAGGUCACCGUGUCUCUUCAGAGAGCUUCAGGAGAAUUCCAGACUACAAAGCUGAAUGGGUUUGAGGUCUUCGCGCGGUUUGGCAGUGCCAUAGCUCCUUUGGGAGAUCUGGACCAGGACGGCUUCAACGAUAUUGCAAUUGCUGCUCCAUAUGGGGGUGAAGAUAAAAAAGGAAUAGUUUAUAUCUUCAAUGGAAGAUCAACGGGCUUAAACACAGUGCCAUCUCAGAUCCUCGAAGGGCAGUGGGCUUCACAGAACAUGCCACCGAGCUUUGGCUAUUCCAUGAAGGGAGCCACAGACAUAGACAAGAAUGGAUAUCCAGACUUAAUUGUAGGAGCUUUUGGUGUAGAUCGAGCUGUCUUAUACAGGGCCAGACCAGUUAUCACCGUAAAUGCUGGCCUUGAAGUAUACCCUAGCAUUUUAAAUCAAGACAAUAAAACCUGCCCAUUGCCUGGGACAGCUCUCAAAGUUUCCUGUUUUAAUGUCAGGUUCUGCUUAAAGGCAGAUGGCAAAGGAGCUCUUCCAAGGAAACUUAACUUCCAGGUGGAGCUUCUUUUGGAUAAACUCAAGCAAAAGGGAGCAAUUCGUCGAGCACUGUUUCUCCAUAACAGGUCCCCGGGUCACUCCAAGAACAUGACAAUUUCUAGAGGGGGACAGAUGCAGUGUGAAGAACUGAUAGCAUAUCUGCGGGAUGAAUCUGAAUUUAGAGACAAACUUACACCAAUUACUAUUUUUAUGGAGUAUCGCUUGGAUUAUAGAACAGCAGCUGAUGCCACCGGCUUGCGACCCAUCCUUAACCAGUUCACCCCUGCCAACAUCAGUCGACAGGCUCAUAUUUUACUUGACUGUGGUGAAGACAACGUUUGUAAACCCAAACUGGAAGUUUCUGUAGAUAGUGAUCAAAAGAAGAUCUAUAUUGGAGACGACAACCCUCUCACAUUGAUUGUUAAGGCUCAGAAUCAAGGAGAAGGUGCCUAUGAAGCUGAGCUCAUCAUUUCCAUGCCACCGCAGGCUGAUUUCAUCGGGGUUGUCCGAAACAGUGAAGCCUUAGCAAGACUUUCCUGUGCAUUUAAGACAGAAAACCAAACCCGCCAAGUGGUAUGUGACCUGGGAAACCCAAUGAAGGCUGGAACUCAACUCUUAGCUGGUCUUCGAUUCAGUGUCCACCAGCAAUCAGAGAUGGAUACUUCUGUGAAAUUUGAUUUACAAAUCCAAAGCUCUAAUCUUUUUGACAAAGUAAGCCCAGUUGUAUCAUACAGAGUUGACCUUGCUGUUUUAGCUGCUGUUGAGAUAAGAGGAGUCUCAAGUCCUGAUCAUAUCUUUCUUCCGAUUCCAAAUUGGGAGCACAAGGAGAACCCCGAGACUGAAGAAGAUGUUGGACCAGUUGUUCAGCACAUUUAUGAGCUGAGAAACAAUGGUCCAAGUUCAUUCAGCAAGGCCAUGCUAAAUCUUCAGUGGCCUUAUAAAUAUAACAACAACACUUUGUUGUACAUCCUUCAUUAUGACAUUGAUGGACCAAUGAACUGUACUUCAGAUAUGGAGAUCAACCCUUUGAGAAUUAAGAUCUCAUCUUUGCAAACAACUGAAAAGAAUGACACAGUUGCUGGGCAAGGUGACCGGAACCAUCUCAUCACAAAGCGAGAUCUCGCCCUCAGUGAAGGAGAUGUUCACACUUUGGGUUGUGGAAUUGCUCAGUGCUUGAGGAUUGUCUGCCAGGUUGGGCGACUAGACAGAGGCAAGAGUGCUAUCCUGUACGUGAAGUCUUUACUGUGGACCGAGACCUUCAUGAAUAAGGAAAACCAGAAUCAUUCAUAUUCUCUGAAGUCAUCUGCUUCAUUUAAUGUCAUAGAGUUUCCUUACAAAAACCUUCCAAUUGAGGAUAUCUUCAACUCCACAUUAGUUACCACUAAUGUCACCUGGGGCAUUCAGCCAGCGCCCAUGCCUGUGCCUGUGUGGGUGAUCAUUUUAGCAGUUCUGGCAGGAUUGCUGUUGCUGGCUGUUUUGGUUUUUGUAAUGUACAGGAUGGGUUUUUUUAAACGUGUUCGGCCACCUCAAGAAGAACAGGAAAGGGAACAGCUUCAACCACAUGAAAAUGGUGAAGGAAACUCAGAAACUUAACUGUGAUUUUUAAGUUAUACUACAUCCUGGAUCAUUAGAAUUACCAACUUGAUUAUAGAUUUAAAUUUCCUUCAUGAGGAAUAAAAUUCCAAGACUUCUACUGAAGGUACCCAGUGACCUCUGUCUAACCACAGAAUUUGAGAGCAAUAUCUUUUGGCCUUCUUUUUAUAAACAAGUUCAGGGUAGUACACAUAACACUGCCCUAUGUUUUUAGAUAUUUAAAUAAUAAAAUUUCAAAUGAUGAUUUUUAUUCGAUGUACAUAAGACAGUGCCUCAGAUACUACUUUAUAUAAAAUAGUACCUAUUAUAAUUACUAUUUCUGAUUUAGUAUUUUGGGUUUUGCUGUUCAUUGUUAUAGUUUUAAAGCAAUCAAAAUUUGUACCUUAGCAUCCACAUUUUUUUUUUUUUUUUUUUUUUUGGUACAGGUACUUAAUAUGUAUUACACUACAGUUGACUUUUAAAUCUACUAAAAGCUUUGAAAUUACAUGAAGUUGGAUUUUAAUAUUUGUUACAUGGUGAACUUUAAAAAAAAAAAUGCAUGAUACCACCAGAAUUCUUUCCUGGAGUCUGGUUGUUAGGUUUAGGUCAGUGGUUGAGCAUGUGUUUAGCAUGUGUGAGGCCUUGAGUUCAAUCCCCAGCCCUGGGGAAAAAAAAUUUUCCUGUAAUAAUAACGGUACUAUAUCUUAAUAUGAAAAUUGGGUACUUGUGACUAAUUUUUAUUUAUAUUUAAUCCAUAAUCUGAUUUAUUACUUUAAUUUGUAUAGUUUAAGUUCUAUAAGCAAUCCUUUAAGCCAACCUUUACUAAAAUGAAUUCUGUAUU